AUGGCAUUCAAGAAGAAGCUACGACAGCCUAAGGCAGAAGUCGACCAGGCUGCGGCUGAACAUCCACGCCGAGAAAAGCAGAACAUUCUAUGCGCUGAGCUGAAGAAUAGUCAUGGGGACUGGUGGUACGAUCAGCUCGAGGUGGUCGUUAAUGUUUCAACGGAUCGUACGCCAGUGAGCUUCUCGGUCGGAUUCCGCCGAUAUGAUCCUAACCGCCUGCAAGGAUGCUACAAUCUCAGACUUAUAGAUCAAAGACUCCUCACGGCCGAGUAUCUUGGUUCGAAUGGGAAAGCAAAGGACAUCUAUAUUGAUCUAAAGCAUUAUCUCGGAGUCAAAGAUGGUGCUUUCGACAGCAAGGGGCGAAACUUCUCAAGCAGCGUAAAAAAUGCUCACAUGAUUGGCACGACUCUGUGCGCGACUCACAAGGACGGCCACCCAAUCUCAAUCGCGUUGUCCAGAGUGCUACAGUUUAAAGAUGGGUCAUUCUCGCCUCUCAAAGUGGCGAAGAACGAGGACUUGGACUAUGAAGUCUUGACGGAUUCGUCAGAUAGGAGAUGGCUACUCAACGCGGAUCCUCCUAGACUGAUCAACUACAAACAAAAGCGGGUAUGGUAUCUCAUCGCAAAUUGCCUCGAUUCACGUGGUUCAUAUCAGGAAUCGACUAUCAGACUCCACGAUAUAAUCGGACCUGGCGAUGAGGAAAUGUGGACUUUCUUUUCAGAGAGGCCGAUACCUGAACAUGCACGCGAAACAAGACUUGAGGACGGAAUCUUAACUGCUAGCUUCGAUGCGGGUGAUAACAAAUGGAUUCAGAGAUCAUUUGAUUUGGCCGAAUUGGUGACGAAUGAAGGAGGCGCAUUAGUCAAGUGA